CCCUUCGGAUGAUGCUCCCUGUCUGCUCUUAGGCACGGGAUGGUCAGCAAGGGCUGGAAAACAUCCCCUUUCUCCUGCCUGGUCUGUGCUUCUACGUUGAGCGUGGUCCAUUCUCCCUUGCCCCCUCCCUGUGGGAACCCCCUGCAAAGAUCCUCCUGACGCUCACCAGGGCUGGACCCCGGGACCAGCAGGACUCAGUAAUUUCCAGUCUGGCUCCUGAUACAGAUAAGAAAGACGGCGGAUGAAGGAGAGAUUAGUCGCUAAUCUCCCGGGGAAGAUGAAUCUGCAAGCUGGACCCCGCGGAGGCAAUGCACGUGGGGGAGGAUGGGAGCCGAGUGCCAGCACAAACUUGGGAUUUUCCUGAUGCUUCUUUUCAUCCUUUUUGUAGAAUCCCAGAAGGGUUCGGGUUGCAGAGGGUCUUAAAAAUCAGUCCAGCUCCAGCCCCCUGCCACAGGAACACAUUCCACCAGACCAAACUGAUGCAGAUGGGUUUUCCCCAGCUUUGUGUUUGCAUCAGGGUAUCUCCUAUCAGGACAGGGUUUCCUCACACACAAGCACCAUGAGUCGCAUCUGCUGGUGAAGUGCUGGGUGCAGGACAGGGGGAUCAAUGCCCACCUGCGAGAAGGGCCCAUCUGAAACCUGCUUCCUCCCUUGAACAUCCCCAUUCUCAACGCAGCCCUCAAAGGCUCCUUUCUUUGCACGUUUAUUUAAUGACCGAAUGAGGAUCAAGGCCUCGAACCGAGGCACUGACUCCUGAGAAAAGCCUGAUGCCGGCUCUCUGCUGCCUGCAACUUGUGCUACGGUGCCAGCCGUGUCCCACCGAGGCUGGAACUGCUGCUGCCGCCGAGAAUCGCUUUCCCUGCCAAGGCUCUCGCUCCGGGGUGGCCAAGGCUCGGAGGAUUUGCGUGCUUUGGCUUAACCCUCCUGGGCACGGCGAGGCAGCGGCGGGACCCAGCCCGGAGUUACCGCGGGGAUGCACCCGGCUUUUCCUGCUGAGCCGGGCUCUCCUUUUAGCGUGGAAAAACCAACAACAGCUGAAAAACGACCGUGGCCACACCCCGGCGUUGGAGGAACAGGCUUGAAUUCGCCCCCCCGGGCGGCAGACGCGGCCGGCGGCCGGGCGGACGCUGCUGCACAAGCGUUAAUGCCCGCGGCCGCCGCGCAGGGCGGCUAAUCGGGGCCCGGAGGUUAGCGGGGCGGCGACAGCAUGGCCGGGGGCUGGUGGGCAAGGGCGCAGGGGGCGGGGAUGCUGCUGGCUCUCCUCGGAUGGAUCAGCUCCUGCGUCACCACCUUCGUGCCACUCUGGAAGAACCUCAACCUGGACCUGAACGAGCUGGAGGUCUGGAACAUGGGGCUCUGGCAGGUCUGCAUCACCCAGGAGGAGGGGGUGGUUGAAUGCCAAGCCCACGGCUCCUUCCUGGCGCUGCCCCCCGAGCUGCGCAUCUCUCGCCUCCUGAUGUGCCUCUCCAACGGGCUGGGGCUGCUGGGCUGUCUCCUCGCUGCCCUGGGGCUGGAGGGCUGGAGAACCUGCGAGGACAAACCUGGGCAAAAGAGGAAGCUCCUGCUUGGCGGGGGAGCGACGCUUGGCAUGGCAGGGAUCACCACCCUGGUGCCAGUCUCCUGGGUCGCCUACAACACCGUCCUCGACUUCUGGGAUGAGACUGUCCCCGACAUCGUCCCCAGGUGGGAGUUUGGGGAGGCCACCUUCCUGGGGUGGUUUGCUGGAGCCUUCCUCGCCACUGGCGGACUGCUCCUCGCCUGCAGCGCCCGCUCCUCGAGCACCGCAACGCCGCUGGCCCCCGCCUGCCACCAGGCCCCCGCUGCACGGGGUCUGGCUGGGGGCCACCACCUGCACCCCAAAAAUGCAGACUUGGUCAUCUAAGGCCUCAGGGUGCAGUGCCCUGUGCACCUCGUGGCUCUUCCCCUGGCAGGGAGGGCUCCUGCUUGUUUCACAGGAUGAUUUACUAAUUGCUACGGCAGCUCUGCAGGUUUCUCUCCUUCCUCUGCACGUCUGCUUCACUUUUUUUCUGUUAAGGAGCAGCAGAUUUCCCCGCAGCACUCACCAAGCAAACAUGGGAAGGCAACAAGCAGCAGGCAGCACUUCGUAAUGCUGGUGACACCGUGGUACCAUCACCGAUGGGUGACACUGUGUUGGCAUCCCUGGCGAGUCCCCCAUAGCCAAGUCUGUUGUGGCAAAUGCUGCGCCCCAGUGCAGCAGCUCUUUCCUUGCAUGUCUGUGUUGCUCUGAUGUAUUUGCAAUAAAUUAUCAUGUCUGUUGGCA